AUGUAUGAAAUGAACAAUAUACUCGACAAGGGUUUGAAUGUAAAGCUAACGAAUGAAAAUAUUGUUGAAUUCACUGAGACAGGUGCUGUGUAUAAAGAUGUAGAACUACUGAACAAAAGAGCUAAGGGAAGAAGCAGGAACAUGAACAAAGGGUGGAAGCCUAUAAAAAUUUAUGUCAAUGAUGGCUCAGGAGGUUCAAACAUAAAGUAUGCAGAAAGUUAUAGAGUUUAUGCUCUCAAAGGUGAAAAGCCUUCAUUUAAGAACAGCUAUUCUAACGCAUAUCCUCAAAAGCUAACGGAUGGGGAAGUGGAUGAUAUGAAUGACAGCAAAAAUAUUAACAGAAAUGGCGACAGAGAUGCAUGGAAUUUGUUUACCAUCAGUCAAUUGAAGGUUAAACUUUAA